CCGACUACUAUUUAUUAUUUGACAAUCCGAAUCUUCCAUUAUCGGUUCAACUAUGAUUGCAUAAACCAUUAGAGCUUCUCUGAAUCGCACAGUCUUACUUGCUUCUCCUCUUCCCAGAGCAGUUGACAAUUCUCAUCCCAAGAUUCUCAUGGCUACCAAGGCGCUAGAGGCUCGUUUUGAGCACCUCUCUGUCAAAGAUGAUACUGAUCAUGGGAAGAAUGGCAGCACAUACUCAAAGCACAAGGGCUCUUUGUCAACAGCAGUGUCACUCUCAGGCCUCGGAGCCGCUGGGCAGUUUAAUAGUGGCUCAAGUCGGUCAACCUUGUUGAAGCUUGCGCUGCAAAACACAAAUGAGAACAAAGUGAAUGCGAUGAAUGCCGGCUCGUCCCCUCUCAAGGGAGCUCAGAGCACAUUGCCGCACCGUGACACAGAUGAGAAUGGAGAACCGCGACACACAACACCAUUAUACGAGCAGCCGGGCCCCAAGAAAUUACAUCUGGGAAUGUUUGAGAUCGGCAAGCCCUUGGGAAAGGGGAAAUUUGGUAGGGUUUACCUGGCCAAAGAGCGAUCGUCCGGCUUCGUUUGUGCUCUUAAAGUCCUGCACAAAUCCGAGCUGCAGCAGGGCGGAGUGCAGAAGCAAGUUAGACGCGAGAUUGAGAUACAGAGCAACCUACGCCAUCCCAAUGUUCUCAGACUUUACGGCCACUUCCAUGAUAGCAAGCGAAUUUUCUUGAUCCUGGAGUUCGCCGGCCGAGGAGAGUUGUACAAGCACCUCCGGAAGGAGCACCGCUUUCCCGAGUGGAAGGCAGCUCAAUAUAUUGCGCAGAUGGCUGCCGCAUUGAAGUACUUGCAUAAGAAGCACGUCAUGCAUCGCGACAUCAAGCCGGAGAACAUACUCGUGGGAAUCCACGGGGAAAUCAAGAUCAGUGACUUUGGGUGGAGUGUCCAUGCGCCCAAUAACAGAAGGCAGACGAUGUGUGGAACACUGGACUAUCUUCCUCCCGAAAUGCUCAAGCCCAACUCACAAGACAACUACUACAGCGAAAAGGUUGAUUUAUGGAGCCUGGGCGUCUUGACUUAUGAAUUCUUGGUUGGGGAAGCGCCCUUCGAAGACACUCCCGUUAUGACGCAAAGACGAAUUGCGAGAGCGGACAUGACGGUGCCUUCAUUUGUCAGUCCCGAGGCAAAAGAUCUUAUCAAGAGAUUGCUCGUUCUCGACCCAGACAAGCGUAUUUCCCUUGAUGAGAUCCAGCGACAUCCCUGGAUCCUUAAACAUUGCUUGAAGGAUGACCGGGUCACGAAACGGAGUUCUGGUUCUUCAAAGGAAGUCAAAGCAUGAUGGUAAGACCCAUGCAUUUUUGGAGUUAGGGUGUUGUACCUCCUUUCCUUGUCAGUCAGUUCAUUUCAGCCUGUGUGCAUGGAGUUGGAAGGUGCUUUGUGCUUUUUUUCUUUCCCCCUUUUUUUUUCGAAGAUCUGAACCAUCAGGGCUCUUAGCUCGGCGUCAUCUGGUAUCUUCUAUUUGUAACAUCCUGAACUUGAGUAUAAUACAUUGCAGAGCGCAGAUUUCAUG